CGUACCGUUCAUGCUGUGAAUAAAAUGGCGGAGUUGAAUGAGUAGGGUGUCUCCAACCAUAUUCUUCCUUUUAAAAGAAAAGAGGUGACUAUAGACCAAUACCAACUCUUAUUAAGGCUAGAGGAAUAGUUUGUAUUGCGUCUACGCGAUAUACUGUACGUUUAUAAGCUUCUGUAAGGGGGAGAAGGACAGGGCAAGCUUGAUUGGUUAUGAGAAAAGGGAGUUAGUCUCCCCCCAUGCUUAUAAUUGAGACGUCAGCUGCUGGGGAAGACACCACCAGCUGCACUGCUAGUAGCAUGAGUACUGUAGACUCUUCAUCGAGGUCACAACAUUGGGAUGGUAGCUCAAAGAAGGAGAAGAGUGACAUAACUAGUCACAAUACUCCGCAUAGUAAAGGAGGUGGUUCCCACGGCACUAAUUCCUCUACUGAUCCUACUGUCCAGGCCAGUAGAGGGGAGAGAACCACGUCUAAUGCACGGGUACACCCAAAGGCGGAGCUUAAAAAUAACGAGAAACAAAUGUCUAAUUCUAACCAUGCCUCCUCAAAGUCACAUGACAGGAAGAGAAAGGCCAGUAAUGAGGAUGAUGAGAGUGAAGACACUUGGACUGAGCACAAGAGCUCCUCCGGUCGUAUUUAUUUUUAUAACAAGCGACUGGACAAAUCCCAAUGGGAGAAACCUUCCAAAGGAACAGUGAAAAAGCUAAAGACUCAAGAUACUAAAGUCCCUGCAUCAUCGAGCAGUCGCUCUACAUCCUCUACUCAACACGGAUCAGGGACUCAUGCCUCCUCCUCUUCUUCUAAAUCUCAUUCUCACUCGGCCCACAAAGGAGGAGGGACACACCAUUCUUCUUCUUCUCAUCAUCAUCAUCAUCGUGAUAGUCGGGACGUUAGCGGCCCCGGGGGGCAGUCUAAUGUUCAUCAUCAUCAUCAUCAGUCUGAGUAUAAUACCACACCUAGGAGGAAAACUGAUAAGAGACCCAGCCUGUCAAGCAGUCACGCCAGUAAAGCUAAUAAAAGUUUAACAGAAGGAGGUGUGGCUGGUAUUUCAUCCCCACCCACUACCAAACCCCCCAGCAAUACGCUCUCUCCCUUACCUCAAACCCCAACCUCCUCUCGGUCGUUAGUGGGCGGAGUUCCCGUCACCCCCGACAACAAUAUGAUGAUCCCUCCUCAUAUUUUAGCCUCCUAUAUGGGCGUGGUCGAUCCAAUAGGUCCAAAGACUCCGAUACAGACGUAUCCCAGUGGGUGGGUAGGAACUGGGACUGGUACUCCAGAGGUCCACCCUCUACAAAGAGCAAUACUAAUACAAAACCAGUAUACCACUCAGGGCUAUCAAGUAUCUCCACAUCAGCAAGUAAUCUCUUCAGUACCAACCACCCCGGUACAGCAGCACCAGUCCUUCCCUCCCCCUCCUCCACCUCCCCCUCCUCCUUCCUCCUCUGUUCACAUACCCAACGCUCCUUCAAUGAAUCCUCAGAAUGUCCUAAUGGGAUACCAGUCUACUCCUGGAGGAGGCGGAGUCUAUCAUUACGAGACUCGGCAGCAGGUUCCCAUCUCUUCCCAGAAGCUUAAGGUCCCCAUGUCUCGUUUGGGGGCGUGGCCAAGACCAGAGACAGAUUUUCCUGACCCUGCCUCUUUAAAGCCACUGCCGCAGCUACCUAGUAAUGAUUUUUACAGUUUUGGUUUAGUACAGAGCUGGUCUUCAUCGAUAGAACCUAUUAACAAACAAAUGGAUUCCUCUCAGACUGAGUCACUAUCACGUACAACAGUUGAUGUGGCAUAUCACUGUGGCCAGCUAGCAAAGAACCUACUGGCUCUUGAAUGCUGUAGAAUGAAAGCAGUGUCUAGGAGAACCAGGUUGAAUGACCUCAUGAAGACCAUUGAUGACAUUGAGAAAAGAUGAUUGAUUGAUUAAUCUGUCUUACUCUUUCCUUUUCUCUCUCUCUCUCUCUCUUUCUUUUUUUCUGCUGUUAAUCUCAUCACUAUUGAUAGUCUUAUUAUUAUUAUUAAGCGCUUUAUGUAUAACUUAACACUCUCAGCUGUGUGUACAGAUAAUGAUCGUUUUAAAUGUUUGAUUUUUUGAGAUGACACGCACACAUGCACACAAUAUUAUGAAUGACAUGAUGAAUUUUUUUAAAAUGAUAAGUUAAACUACAAA